AUGUUUAUCCUGAUCAUACCUUUUCUUUUCGAAUAUACAAUCAACGAUACCAUGGGUAGUAGUUCGGAGCCAAAGUCAGACCACUCUCAAUGGACCAACUUGCCGGACGUUAUAGCAGAGGGCAACGAGAAUCCCGAUAGCUUUGAAAAUCCAGGAGAAAGGCAAGAACCGACUUCAAUACCGCCUAAAAGCUCCUCACCAACAGAAGGUUCUCGAUCAACACCAUCAACACUAAAUGUUCCCUCAAAAGACAGUGACUCGGCAUCAUCGGCACAUCAAGUAGGCGCCGGGAGUUUCGCAACAAACACCCAAAGCACGCACGCCAGCGCAGUAAACAAGGACAAUUCGGGAGGUUUCGAUGUGCAGCCUGAAAGAAACGUAUACUCUAGACAAUACGCAGAAAAAGUAGUCUGCUACUCUAUGUGUAUAUUUGUAGUGUUGGCUCUUUUUCUCGUGUUCGCCGAGGUUUACUGUAGCGAAAGCAAUUCUGGACGAUUAAAAGAUGAACUAUAG